UGAGCUGUGGAAUAAAAGAAAACUGACAAAAGAUUGGGUGAGACAAUGGGACUAAGGGAAAAUCGAAGAUCGUCACCAAGAUGUUGUUUGCAAAAAAACAGUAAAUUUUCAUUAGUCGCGACACCGCCCUCGGAGGAUACGUUUCUUUAAAAGUACUUAAAAGAAAAAAAAUAAGCAACAUUUUCUAAAUUUGCUGGCGAUCCAAUAUCUACCCAAGCGAAGACUCUUCCUGUUGUUGCGUUAUAGAAGAUCAGAAAAUUAAUUAAAGAUCAGAUGAGUACCUCUUAACAAAAAGAGUCCAACUUUCCUCAGCCGAACAGCCUGAAAAUGGUAGCGAAAAAACCGCCCCGCAACACCGCCCUCGUCCUCUCGGCGAUCCGGAAGCUGCGGGACAUCCAGGGCACAACUUCGCGCGAGAUAAUGAACUUCAUCGCCUCGGAAUACGACGUCUCAGGCCCCAGCCUGAAGCGCCACGUCCAGAUGGCCCUGAAGCGCGGCAUGUCUUACGGCUUGAUCCAUCGCGCAAAAGGCGGUUACUACCUCUCGAACCCUAAGGGGCUGACAAUCAGCUGCGACGACUUGGUGGAUCGUGGCAGAAGAGGAGGGUGCAAGGGCAGGAAACGACGCAGGCGAAGGAGCAGGCGCGGAAAAUGCGGACGCAGGCGAUCCCGCAGGCGAAGGAGGCACGGCAGGGGAAAGUGCAGGGGAAAACGCAGCAGCAGGAGGAGGAGGAGGGGCAGGGGGAAGAGGAGGUGCGGACGUCGAGGGCGCAGGCGCGCAGGCGAAGACGAGAUGGACGAGAUGGCCGCCAUCUUGCCGCGCGACAGCCCCAGAAAACCCACCAGACUCGGACGUGGCAAAUUCCCUGAGAGGGGCGCCACUCGCAGUAAGAGUCUUAGCGAUCGAUCUUCGGCUACCCGGUCUUCGGGAGGCAGUGCGGCUCUCGAUGGCCAGACGCCGCUGUAA